UUCACCUUCUCCCCUCCUUCCCUUGCAACCAAAAACCUCUCUCAAGUCUCAACUGCAACAAAUGUAUCGUACUAGAUUUCCCCUCACCUGCCAAAUCCUCUCACUCCCUUCUCUCCCUUUCCACCACACCUCCAAAACCCAAUCCCCUCCAUUCCUCAAUCACCAAUUCACCCCAGACACCUCCAAACAUAGGCUCCAAUUCUCACUCCAUCGAACUCUGCUAAAAACCCAAAUCAGAUGUGCAGCAGAUACUGGCAGUGGCAGCAGGAAUUGGGAGAAAUGGUUACCAAAAAAUGUUUUUUCAGCUGAUAAGGUCCUGAGAUUGAUAGCUGGAGCAACGUCUAGUCCCAUUUGCCAGUUCAUCUCGUCCCCAACCACGUUCUUGCAUACCGUGGACCCCAGGAUUAAACUGGCAUGGCUCCUUGCUCUAGUUCUUUUACCAGCAAGGUCAAACAUUUUGAUGCGUUUUGGAUUAGUCAUAUACUUGGCUGUAUUAUCUGUCUGGGUUCUCCCCAAAGAGGUGUGGAUGGAUCAAUUGGGAAGAGUGUCACUGCUUUCUGGGAUUUUGUUCAUAAUGUUGGGGCUGGGCACAGAUGGUGCACCACCCCUCGUCCAGCUAAGAAGCCCACCACCUGCACUGAUUGGAUUGCCGAAUAUUCCGGCAUCUUUAGAAGGCUAUUCAUAUGUGAUCAUGAAGUUAGGACCAUUACAGCUUACAAGAAAGGGCUUGUCUGUAGCAAGCACCUCUGCUUGUUUAACGUUCACUGUCUUUCAAAGUGCUAGCUUAUGCCUGACCACCACAACCUCCGAGCAACUUGCAUAUGCUCUCCAAUGGUUUAUGCUCCCCUUGACAAAGAUAGGUGUUCCAGUGGCAGAAGCUAUCCUCACGCUCCUACUUUCAUUGAGGUUCAUCAACUUGGUGUUUGAUGAGGUCCGAAAUGUUGCACUGGGGAUCGUAUCUCGCAGAAUAAAUUGGCAGCAGUUGACUUUUAUGGAGACAAUCGAUGUUUUCUUUAUGUACAUUCGUCGGAUCUUCAAGAAUAUUUUUAGCCAUGCAGAGCAGAUAUCUCAGGCAAUGAUUGUCAGAGGUUUUCGAGGUGACAGCAACGCUCACAAGAUCUACUUCUCAUCAGAUUCAUCUAUAGGGAUGCCCGAUAUUCUUUCCUUAUUGUGCCUUGUUGGACUUAUUGGUGCCACUGCAGUGUCAAAAUACUAAUCCGUGUGAAUCCCAAUAUGAAUCAUCCUCGCUCUUGCUCUCGUGAUUGUCCCAAUAGUUUCACUAUCUCCAUAUACUGCCCUUCUCUCAG